AUGCAGAAUUUAUUUGUUUGUGCGGGCUUGAAAAGUGUUUCUUUAGUGCACUUGCCGGGCGGGUUUGAUUCGUACGCAUUCUCUGGAGAGUCACUCUAUCUCGAAGGCUCUUUUCAGAAAAAAGAAAUACGGCUGGAAGAGAGAAAGUGUGAUAGCUCGAUGUACAUUGCAGAGGGAGGGCUGGAGGGUGUUCGUGUGUACGGGCACAUACAGAGCAUCAUGAGCCCUGUUUUGUCUGAUUUUUACAUUCCCAUGCCUCUCUCCUCUUUUGAGUUUUACCACACAGUAAGCGAAUAUUUGCAUGGAGAUAUCGAUGGCGGGAUUGAGAAGUAUUUCAGCAAAUAUGUGAGAGAUAACUCAGUUCCCUUCUACCCCGUGCCACUCACUACGCUUUCCGGUGUAUUUAAAUACUACAACUUCAAAGAGUUCAAGAGCGCACGGAAUAAGACACAGCUUGUGCGAAAGAUAAAAAUAGAGGAAAGCAUGCCCGAGCCCAAUCCUGCAACAGAAGAAGCUGUGAAAAAGAAAGUAGGAAGUGCCUACGAAAGUUUGAAGAAGGUCUUUGAGGGUCUCUUCAAAGAAAGAGCCAUAUGGCCGAUAAAAGGCCUUGAAAAGCACUUUAAAAACAACCCGGAAGCAUUUAAAAUGUGCAAGUGGUCUGCAGCUAAGAACAUUCUCCCGUGCAUUGCGUACACCUACUCCACUGGGCCGUGGAAGAAGCUGUGGAUACGGUACGGAUAUGAUCCCACAGGAGAUCCAGAGGCGUAUAAGUACCAGGUGUACGUGUGGAAGAACAUUUCGAAGGCAUUUGUUAUUAUGGACAGAGCGGAUGUCUACCAAAAAAUAAAAGAAACAGAAGGAUACAGACAGAGCUCUUUCAACGUACGCACAGGAUUCCUGACUGAAAAAGCCCUGAACUUCCUGCAUAAAAAAUAUUCAGAGAUAAGCGUCCCUGAAUCUGCAAAAAUAUCCACACAUUCUGAUCUGUUCGAUGGGCUGGACUUUGAAACAUUAGACAACUAG